AUGUGCUCUGUUGGACUGUUUAGACAAUUAAAGCAAGCCAAAGAUCCCAUCGUAUUACGUGGACUUAAUAAGUAUGUUAAGUUUCGUACGAAACUGGCUCUGUCAGAGGCUCGAAUUCAGUUCAUUGACGAGUGUGUUACUAAAUCGGAAUUUCCGAAACAGUAUUGGACAUUGUUGAGGAGAAAUCGUGUGAACAUAACCAGUGCGACCCUUCGCCGUCUCGAUCUCAAUGAGCGUGACACGUUGUGUAAUCAUCUUGUGGAUUUAGAGCGGAAUUAUGUGACUUCCGCGUGUAUGUUGGAUGAUCUUUCACCGAUUGAGAGAAAAUCUUUCGAGGAUUAUGUGCAGUCGAUCGCGGCUAAGCAAGUUGAACGCAUCCAAACAACGCUGCGUCAGCGACUUAGCCAUGUCAAGCCCGUGGCCUUGGAGUUGGAAAAACUGAAAUCAACCUUAGUCAAUGCAUGCUAUCAACAUCGGAGUGUGAAAGUAAAAACAAGUGAACUAGUGACACCAGAGCAUCUCAAACGACUCAGAGACCUGCAGAAAAACAGAGAAAUCAUGAUGUCCAAGCCCGACAAAGGGGCGGGGAUCGUACUUCUGAACCGCACAGAUUAUCUACAAAAGAUGAAAGCCAUACUGAGUGACGGGUCGAAAUUCACCAAAACAACAGAAAAGGAUAAGACCGCCCAAAUAGAGGUUGCCUUAUCAAAGAUAUUGAGAUGUUUAAAGCAGAAUGGAGUAAUCGAUGCGACCAAUUUUGAACGAAUCCGGCCAACUGGGACAACGAUUCCCAGACUACGGGUUGCCGAAGGUGCACAAGGAAGGGCUAACCUUGCGACCGAUUCUGGUUAUGUGCAAUUCACCGUACCACGCACUUGCAAAAUGGUUGGCGAAAUUACUAGAACCCACCGUAUUUCCCCUCCUCAUCUGAAACAAUUACGUCGAAGCAAGGAAAGGGCAUACAAAUGUAAUGAUCUUCAAAGAGUGAAACUUUUAGUGCUUGCUAUCAAAGGUGAGCUACAUCGACUGAACGGCAUUUGCGCUCGCACAGUCCUCUACAGCAAAACUUGCCGGGAGAUUUGGAACGCCAUAAAGCAACUGAGUGGUUAA